AUGAGUCUCAUGGGUCUUGUACCAGCAACAUGGAUGCGUAUGUGUACAGUAUUUGUGAUUCCAAUUAGUGCAAUAUCAAAAAUCGCUCAACUUCAAACUAUUCUAACCAAUAAAAGUUCUGGUCAAGUUAAUCGAUCUGUUUGGAUAAUGGCUUCUUACAAUAAUUUUGCUCGUAUACUGACAAAUCUUAUUGAAACACAAGAUAAAAGUAUGGUUAUAAAUUUAUUUGUUAGUUUAAUUCUUAAUACUUCAAUUGUUAUUGCAUGUACGGUCUACAAAUACGGACCAAUACGAAAAUCCAAGGAUAAGAAAAAGAAAAAGACAACAUAA